AUGAAUGAGGAGUACGGUAAGGUUCUGAUUCCAGGUCAGCCAAUUAAACAUGUAAUGGAGGCUAAAUGGCCGUUAAAUGGAGUCUAUAUGGAUGAUAACGGAGAUAUGUAUGCCUCGUUAAUGUGUAGAGAGGACCAGAUAGGUAAAAUACAAAUAGGCAAUAAUGAGGGAGGAAAGGUUAUAGGUGUGGUAAACAGAAUUUUGCCUAGAAAAGGAGUGGAAGUUAGGCUUUUAGAUAGGAGCGGUAGAGGAUACAAGAGUGAAAUAGAGGGUGUAACUGGCUUGCUACGUCCACAAGAUAUUGGAUGUUGGAAUAUGAAUAGUGAUGCGGACCCAAAUGUCACAUAUGCGUCUUCAUCAUCUGGAGCCUCAUCUGGUUCGAAUUCAGCCGGAUUAGCUAAUGAUCAUUUAGAAUCUCAAGCUAGUUAUUGGAUCAAUGACUGCUACAGACCAGGAGAUGUAGUUAGAUGUUCAAUAUUGAGUGUAGUUCCACAGAUUUUGCUCAGCACAAACUCGCAGGACCUUGGCUGCAUUUUUGCUCCUUGUAAGAACUGUAAACUAGGUAUGGCUUAUCCUAUAUCAUAUAAUGCUGUACUAUGUAAGAAAUGCGGAACAUCUAUGCUUAAAAAGACUGCAAAACCCAAAUCUGACUCCGAAAAUGGAGAUGUCAUUGAUUAA